CCAGUUUCGGCGAACGCUUCAGUCCACAUAACCCCACAGUGGCAGUUUCGUAAUUAUCGCCUUAUAAACUCUCCCUCACACUCCAAGGCCGCACGAUCAGUUCCCUUCCAAGAGAGAGAGAGAGUCCAUGGGUUCCACAGGCUCGCCCCUGCUCCAGGCCCUCUCUCUACCACGCUCGCAUCGCACGCGCCCCACCGCCUGCGCGGCGUACGCUUCUAAAAGUGAGCCCAAAGUCCAUUACCCGGCCGUCCUCCACGGCCGACGGCAGUGCUUGUUCUUGUUAACGGCGUUAACGGCGACGAGAACGCUUCCGUCGCUGGCGGAGGACAUCCCGCUCUUCGGGCUGCGGAAGAAGCUGAGAAAGGCGGAGGAAGAGGCGGAGGAGAUACUGCGGGAGGGGGAGAGGGCGGUGGAGAAGGGGAUUGAGGUGGCGGAGAAAGGGAUCGUGACGGUUGAGAAAGAGAUCGUGACGGUGGAGAGUGAGAUCGGGACGGUCGGAAGUUUUGCAGUGGCGGGAGAUUUGGUGCAGGCGGGAGUGGUUGCUGCUGCGGAGGUUUUGGGUGUCGUGAUUGCUUCAUCCGUUGUCAAUGGGAUUCUCGGUCCUGAAGCCCAGAAAUACUAAAUUCAAGAAAUACGAUAUCUCCUUUUGUAA